CUUACUAAUUUCAGGUUGUCAUCUUAUUAAUUAUUUUUAAUUAAUAUAUGUAAAAAAUGUCAAAGGGUAACCCACCACCUACAAAUCCUCUUUUUUCUCCAAUGAACAAUAUUAACUUUGGAACAAAUGCUUUGUUUAUGCCUGUGCAAGAACAAUCUUCUGCUAUUUUAGCUCCAGAGACAGAUCCAGCAGAAGAAGCAAGUUUCCUCGGCCAAUCUUCCACCUCUUACUCCACAGGAGGGGAACAACAACCACAGAAUGUUGCAACGUUUACUUUGUUCUCGCAGAAAAAUGACAAUAAUGGAACAAAAUCAGCUGACCCAUUCGCAAAUUUGUCUUCUGGAGCAAACAGCAAAGAACCCCCAACUUUCACAUCACAAUCAGUGUUCACAUCUGAACAACAGCAGCCCCAGCUAUUUGUUCCACCCUCAGCAAGUCCUGACCAAUCAAUAAAUGAAGAAUUCCCCUAUUCUACCAACUCACCCUUAGUCAAUGUCACAGGGACCCUAACACCUGGACCCAGCCUCUCAGCCCCCGGAAUGCUCCCAACACCACCACCUAAUACUCAAUCCCAAACCCCAAACAACCCGUACGCACGAUCUGCAAGUCGUAACAGAACCAUGUUUCCCCCCAACCCCGAAUUAUACAACCCUUCACCCACACCAAGCCCCCAAUUCAUGCCACCACAAAUGACUACCCCAGGUCCCCCACCAGUACAACUUACCCAAUCUGUAUCCGCUCCAACACAAACCCAAGCCCCCACACCCCCUUUAUCUUUUGAAAAGCUCGCCCAAUCGCCAGUCCCCCCACCUCCAACCGCUGAAAACCACUACCAAGCUGUAGUACCUCACUGGUUUUACUGCAAAGCACUGACAGAUGCAAAUAACAUCUGGUGCCCAUUCUCCUAUGUUGACUCACAAUACCUUGAAAAGGCAGCCUUGGAUGCAGCAAAUGGUCAAGGAAGUGACAUUGUUCGAACUGAUGGUGGAAGAUAUGAUGUAUCAGUAAGCGCACGUGAGCGAACCAGUUUAUACUGGGACGAGCCACCUUCUGCUGUGCGUAGAUGUACGUGGUUCAGCAAAUCUGACUCUGACAGUCGAUUUAUUCCGUAUGAAGAAAGUCUGUCACAAAAUUUAGAAAGAGAAUAUCAUGAAAUAGUCACCAAAGGUUUGUGGCACAAGCAGAUAGAUCUUGGUCAAGGUGAAAUGAUGGUGGUUCAUAACCCACAACUUAUUGUGCAUUUCCAGCCAGUGGUUCCACCCGAGCAUGAGUUUGGUGCAGUUCGUGAGAAACAACUUAAGUCAAAAGUUGUGAAACGAGGGAUUUCCACAACGGAUUUCGCCAGACUUAUCCCAGAAAAUGAGUGUGGUACACCUGACCACGUGGUGUUUCUGUGUCAUGGUAUUGGACCCGUAUGUGACCUACGUUCAAGAAGCGUGGUUGAAUGUGGUGAAACAAGCGACAUUGGAAGCUUAGUGAUGGUUGCUCAUGGGAUAGGGGAACGUCAUAGUAAUCCAUCCACCACACUAGUUCAGUGUGUUGAUGAUUUUCGUUCGAUCCAUUUGAGUUUACUUCGUUCUCACUUUAAACAAGGGUUGGAAAGUAAGAAGGUUCACAGGAUUGAGUUUCUACCGAUACAUUGGCAUCGUGCAUUGCAUGGAGAUGCCACAGGGGUGGAUAGAAACAUUCGACGCUUGACACUUCCCAGCAUCUCGCGUCUCCGUCACUUCACAAACGAAACACUCCUUGAUAUUCUCUUCUAUUCAAGCCCCGUGUAUUGCCAAACAAUCGCCGAAACAAUCGGAAAUGAAAUAAAUUCACUCUACAAACUUUUCCUCUCAAGAAAUCCAAAUUUCACCGGAUCUGUAUCUCUAUCUGGACACAGUUUAGGUUCUCUGAUUCUUUUUGACUUGCUCUGCCACCAAAACUCUCCCAUCAUUCCAAGCAAUCCAACUCCAAACCAACCAUUCCUGCCAUCGCAAACCAAUACAACACUUACGGAGCCGACAGACUCACUUGGUGCUUCAUUCAACGCUGAAGCAACACCCCAGCUAUCAAACAGCAACAGUAUGCACUCACUAAGUGAAAAGGCAGAGGAACCUCUAACAUUGGUACAAGCAUUAGAACAGCUCAAUCUGUCGAACUUUCUUAACAAAUUUGAAGCAGAGGAAAUGGAUAUGGAUGCACUGUUAAUGUGCUCUGAGAGCGACAUCAAGGACAUCGGACUUCCGAUGGGUCCUCGGAAGAAACUGAUCGGAUUCCUGAAGGAUCAAAAGGAUAAAGAGACGAAGAGGAAAGAGAUUGAAGCGAAAGUUGCUCUGGAAUCUCAACUUUUACAACAAACAGCUUCAACCAUGCUGCCGAACAAAACUUUGGAUGUUCCAUCUACUCCAGGCCUGGAACAAAUGGAAUCCUUCGGAAGUUUUUUAUCAGCCGCCACCAACGUGCAUGUAGAUUUCCAGCAGUUUGACAGCGGUACUGGACAACCUGCUGUUCGUUAUCCACAACUUGACUUCCAACCUCAUUCUCUAUUUGCAAUGGGAUCCCCUAUUGGUAUGUUUCUUACUGUUCGUGGAAUCUCAGAACUUGGAGAAGAUUUUGUUUUCCCAACUUGUCCAGGUUUUAUUAAUAUUUUCCACCCAUUUGAUCCUGUAGCAUAUCGAGUUGAGCCGUUGAUCAACCCCGAUGUUAACAUGAAACCUGUACUUGUUCCUCAUUAUAAGGGAAGGAAACGGCUUCAUCUUGAGUUACGAGAUAGUCUUGGCAGAAUGGGCCAAGGGCUCAAAGAUGGGAUUAUGAAGUCACUCAAAAUCGCUAUCGGAAGUAUGCAGAAAUUUGCUGAGUCACAUUGGCAGAAGGGACAAGAAAACAUUAACGCAGAAGUUGAGCACGAAGUUGAAGAAAUGACGCAUCGAUUGAUGAAAGAACAACAGGAUAAAAAUGACAACGAAGAUAAUGCAUCAGUGACAUCAGACAUCGCCCAACUGGACGUCGGUCUUGGUCGAUUAAACGGUGGGAAACGUAUUGACUACGUUUUGCAGGAGAGACCACUGGAAAGUUUCAAUGAUUAUUUAUUUGCAUUUCAAAGUCAUCUAUGUUACUGGAACAACGAGGACACUGUUUUGUUGAUGAUGAGGGAAAUUUACGACUCGAUGGGAGUCAAAUCUGACAGCCAGCAAGUGAAACCACCAGUUAAUACAACCCCUGAAAUACCGCCACCCCCCAUGAGCACUAUAUCAUUAAAUUAGACAAAGCUGUCUCCUGUUUACUAUUACAUUAGUAUAAAGCUAGGCUUGACCUUGUAUCCUAUACUUAAAACCAUAUAAUUUUAACUCUAUAGUUCUUCAUGUUUCAGAUGAUUAAGUAUUAAUAUCUAGACCCUCACUGCUUUUUGGUGGCGUAGUU